AUGGGAUUAUGCAUCCAAACAACCACCAGUUCUCUCGUCACACUUGCACCAUCAACAUGUGACACACCACAAUUCUUUGACGGCAACGGCACGUUCUACUCCCCGGGAUACCCGGCAUCCCCUCAAGGAGUAACACCCUGCGUGUAUGUGCUGACAGUAGCUCCUCAGGACCUUGUUCAAAUUCACUUCAUAGAUAUCCAGCUCGGCGAUGGCAGCACUAUUAUGACUCUAACAACAAUGCUUCGUCGACACUUGCUCUUACUAGCCAUAACUGGCAAUGUUCCUUCUUCGCAAUACUUUUCAUCUUCAUCGAAUGUGAUGAAGAUGAUCUAUCGUGCAGGGAACAAGCGCUACCUCGUCAGCAGUUCAUGCCAGAAAUUGCUGGUGAGCGGCAGUGAUCUCGCUUCAACAGUACCGUCCGUCACAGUGACCGCAUCACCGAUCAAUCCUUCGCAUUGCAACCAACCAACUACCGUACCUACAAAUAUCACCAGUCCAGGGUAUCCCGGUAAUUAUCCAGCACUCACUCAAUGCCGUUACGAGCUCUCGACAGUUCCUGGAAACAGGUACUUUUGA